AUGGCGCAAACUGACGCAGGUGUCGUCAUCCGGGAGUUGCAUCAGGACCUGGCGCGGAAAUAUCGACUGCACGGUCCCACGAUUGAGACGCUAUGGAGAGGCUUUACCAGAGCGCAGAGGACCAAAGCCAUCAAAGAGGGAGCAGCGGAGGGUGUUGUGCUCAAGAAUCGUAUGGAUCCCUCGAUGGGCGAAGUCUACAAGCUGCUUCCAGAGUGGAAUCUACGAGAUGUCACCGAGUCGAGCGACUUCCUCCCCAAUCUCCUUCGCUACCGUGCGACGACAAAGUUGAUGGAGCAAUAUAGCGAACAUCAUCUUAUGAAUCCAGGAGGCGACCUUGGCUUUAUCACGACCAUGAUGCAGACAAGAAAUCUCCGACACGUGGACGAGCGUCGCCUGAACGAUAGCUUCACCGUAUUUCUCGACGACGACGAUCACUAUGGAAAAUCUUUCACCAUCUCAGAAGGGGUGGAUCGCAGCCAGGCACUUGGCGGCUUUAGUCCUGCGAUACAAGGGGGACUCUGCGUUCCACAGUCCACUGCGGAGCUCAUCUUCAUGAGACAGAGUGGCCUCCUCCAGGCGCUCAACAUCAUCAUAGAGGACAUUUUGGACAUUGGAUCUAAAACUAGAGCCAAGAAGAAGCAAACUUCCAAAGAUGUCGAUACGGCGCCGGCGCCGGCCAUGAGUCAGUUGUCUAUCCAGGCCCAACCAACGAAACGCUCCCUCACCGAACUUCUCGAGGUUGCCAAGGACCAGAAAGCUUUGUCUGACGAGCACCUCUACCUCCUGACUGUGGAGCCGGUUGUGCUCGCGCACGCCGUGAACAUCACCUUCUUCAGCCGCCCCGAGCUCGUCGCUGAUGAGAAGGGCCGGUCGCUGCCUGUUCAUACGGAUCGCUUUAUCAGCCCUGCCUUCUUCGAUGUCAUCCAUGGGGCCGUUCAAGAUGCUGCGAUCUGGAAUUAUCUUCAUCGCCUGCUCGAGCUUCUCGAAGAAGCGGCAGCCGACAAAGUCCGCCGAGCCAUCAUUCUCCAGGAGAUCUCCAACGCUGGCCAUCUCCAAUACGACCGAACGCAGUCUCUCCUCAAGCGUCAGGUUCAGACCGGCACUGGCAAGAGAUACUUCAAGAGAGUCUCAAAUGUAUAUGACAAGGGCAAUGCACGAGUUGCCAUGAAAAUCAAACCGGAAGAGUUAACGCGAGCCGAUCCCCAGCUGCACUACCUUUUGCGUCUCUGCCAAGCCGAUACCACUGCUGCGACAGCCGUGGAAUGGAUGGAGAAGCUAGGCAGCUUGCACAUGUCGCAUCCAGACGAGCGCGAGAAGCUCGCGGAGCGGGAAUUCAACGCCCUCUGGGACCAUACUGCCAUCGUCGCUUUCAUGCAGGACCUGGCGCUUGCCAUUUCCAUGCCACCUCGCUCCCGCAAGACGGGUCAAGUCUUUGUAGCACGAUACAACGACCUGGAGACCGAGCUUAACAAUACGAAGAGCGAGAUCGACCUCACACAGUUUGUGGUGCCAAUUGACAACUUGGAAGAGCCUGGUGUGGCACCCAAUGCGCUGAGAGCCCUAGAAGAGGCCAUCAUCGACAAGAAGGGAACCAAAUUGGGCUUCAUGUAUCAGGAUUUGAUAGAUGACUGCAUUGCCGACCUCGAGAAGCAGUACCAGAAGAUACAGACAAAAGUCGAGCAGAAGAAGGAGCACCCUCAGUACCCUGUAGAGGAUCCUCAGGUGCGCACGGAGCAGCGGAGACAGAAAGAGAAAACUCGGCCCAGCCAUUCAUCGGUCUUCGAACUCGUGCGCCCAACAAAAAGCCAAGAGCAGAAGGACACAAACACUUUACAGCAGCGGCAGACAUUUGUGGUGAAGAAAACUACGGCAGAGGUCUUCACGACGCUGUUCGACAAGUCGGAGUCCCGGAGGCCCGUCAGCUGGGUCGCGUUCGAAGCAGCCUUGGCCGAUCUAGGCUUCUCCGUCGUUCCUAAGUUCGGCUCCGUCUAUACCUUUGUCCCACCCGAGACUAUGGCCCUGAAUAAGUCUCUGACGCUGCACCGACCGCACAAGUCAAACAUCGAGGGGUGGCUGGUGCCGAUUUUCGCCCGUCGGCUGCACAGAUUGUAUGGGUGGGGAAAGGAUACCUUUCAAGUCGAGUGA